CCCAGUCUCCAUCGCGUUCUCCCACGUGAUCUUCUAUUCAACAUGGCGGACGAAGGUGAAAGAAAUAGGCUUGUCGCUGAAUUUUCCGGAGUGACUGACGUUGAUGUCGAGCGUGCUCAGUUUUAUUUGGAAUCAUCUGGCUGGGAUCUCAAUCUGGCUCUUAGUAGUUUUUAUGAUACGAUGGGAGACGAGGAUGACAGUGUUGUGCAUGAAACUCCAGAAGAAACUCACAAGCAGCCAAGUUCUAAACCAAGACAAAAUGUUCCAAGUCAUGCAGGACGGAAUGUUGCAUCCCUGGCAAGCAUAGAGGUCAUGAACACUAACCUUCAACAGAUGUCAUUUUCUCCAUAUUUUUGUUCACUUGCUAGUGGGCAGCAAAUUCUUGGUCCUCCAAGGAAAAAGCAAACAUCAGAUGAUGUUACACAGAGUAUAUUUGAUGAGGCAAAAAGACAUGGGGCUGAAGUUGUUGGCGAUGAAGAUAUCGCUGGACCAUCGGUACGCCACCAGCCAGCUUUUAAGGGUGCAGGAUAUCGCCUUGGAGACACAGAGGCUGAAAGUUCACAACCUCUUCCAGAAACAAUAUCAAACAGACAAAGCAACAGUCAACAGCAAACAAAAGAAGUUGUUUUGAAGUUCUGGUCCAAUGGCUUUUCUGUCGAUGAUGGUCCUUUAAGAUCCUUCGAAGAUCCCGCAAAUGAGCAAUUCCUGAAUUCUGUCAAGCGAGGAGAGAUUCCACAGGAAUUGUUGAGGCAGUCACGGAGAGGAGAAGUCCAUGUGAACAUGGAGGAUCACCGACAUGAAGACUACGUCCCUCCACCCAAACCCAAAGUCCAGGCAUUUUCUGGUGCAGGACAUAAAUUAGGAAGUCCAGCUCCACAAGUGAAGUUCAGUCACUCUACAGAACAGCAAGCUGCACAGGCCGACAGUAAGCCAGCGGUACCAGCGACACCUUUGGACGAAUCACAGCCCGUAACCAGCAUACAGAUUCGACUGGCUGAUGGAACACGUAUGGUUUCGAAAUUCAACCACUCCCAUACAGUUGGAGAUAUUCGACGAUUCAUCUGUGCCUCAAGGCCGCAAAUGGCAGGAAUGAACUUUGUCCUCAUGACAACGUUUCCAAAUAAAGAACUUAUGGAUGACUCCCAGAAACUGUCCGAAGCAAAGCUUUUAAAUGCUGUGAUUGUUCAGCGGCUCAAGUGAGUGAAAACCUGGUUGUUGAUGAUGGACGAGGAGGUCUGGUACUGAAUCAAAAUGCACUCGACACGCACGUGAUUGAAAACACGUGAGUCCGAUUUUGAAUUCAGUCUUCUUAUUGGUUGUAAAGACUGAAGUCGAACUCCUGGACUACAUUUGAUGGGCUUUAUGGCGUUAGUGACUUUUUAUUGCCCUUCAGCCAUUUCUGAAAACAAUUAUAAAUGAACUUCUAUGAGAAGUGCUUCUAGGAAAGUCUCUCUUAACGAAUAAAAUUUCCGUCAUGUAGCAAA